AUGUUAAAAACUGCUCCCGCAGAUGUGUUGAAAUGCUGGGAAGUACAUUUUAGCGUUCACCUUAACACGCAAUUUCCAAGGGACGAAAAUGCUCUUCUGACCAUACCUGAACCACAACCUACAGAUAACCCAAGUGAACCUUUCACAAUUGAAGAAGUAGAGACGACAAUCAAACUAUUGAAGAAUAACAAGGCCUGCGGGUGGGACAAAAUAGCUGCCGAAACUCUAAAGGCUGGUGGACAAUCAAUGAGACAACUCCUACUCAAAAUAAUAAAUGCAGCAUGGUCGGAAGGUGAAACCCCGGAAGACGGGAGCAAGGGUCUUAUCACUCCAGUGUUUAAGAAAGGAGACAAGCUGGAUCCAUCUAACUACAGAGCUAUAACUCUACUCUCCAUACCCGGGAAAGUUUUCUGUAGAAUGCUCCUCAUGAGAAUAGAAGGAACCAUCGAGAAUCAUCUGACAGAGGAACAAUGUGGAUUCAGAAGUCUUAGGGGCACCACAGAUGCUGUGUUUGUCGUCAGACAGAUCAUCGAAAAGACCAGAGAAAGAAGGAUACCAAUUCACCUGAACUUUGUAGACUUUAAAGCUUAUCUGCCGUAG